AUGCCUUGUUCUCCUAGCGUUGAACCAAGCAACCCUAACAGAGAAGAUCCUGUUGCUGACUCUGUGAAUACCCCACAUGCAAGAAGACCUAAAGAAACUAUAUCAGGCUUCUCCUCAUCCAUCAUUCUUGAGGAACGAACCAAAGAAGGUUCCAGGUAUGUUCACAAUGUCAUUGCCACUAUAGUGAUUGGAAUACUGUCUGGAAAUCAUGAGGUCCCCGUGGUUUCCAUUCCCUUAAACACUAUUGAACCUGAUAGUGUUGCUGAUCAAGAAAAUACUGAGUCUUUAGGAAAGAAUAUCUCUGAUGAUGUUGAGCAAACUGAUGCUCAUAAGGAGUCAAAUGUUGACAAACCCUUAGAUAAUGUGGCUGGUGAGGAAGUUCAUGUCACUCAUGAUGUCAGUGACAACCCUAACUGUGAGGCUGAAACAGUAGACCUGGAGGAAUUUUCUGAUAAUGAGUUGUUGUCCUCUGUCCUCCCUAGCAUAGCCAAAAGGGUUAGGACUAGGAGAGAAAAGAAAAUUGUGACUCAAAGGUCCCCCAGAAAGAAGAUUGAUGUUCCAAACUCUUCAAAGACAACAAUGGCAGUCGAGAGUUCCCUCAAGAGGAAAGUUCAUGGUCCAACCAAGUCUUGGAGCAAAGUGGUGCCCAAGAAAAAGAAGACCAAGUUUGUUGUUGUUGAGUCUAACUCAGAUGUUCCUUUGGUUUAUCAGAAGAGGUUGGCUUUGGAAAGGGAAUUAGCUCAGAAUGUCCUAGACUGUAAGGAUAUUAUGGAUCUUAUUCAAGAGGCUGGUUUAAUGAAGAUUGUGACUCAGUUUUCAAAGUGCUAUGAGAUGCUGGUAAAGGAAUUUAUUGUUAAUUUUUCUGAAGAAUGUGCUGAUGGCAAGUCUAAGGAAUUCAGGAAAGUGUAUGUGAGAGGCAAGUGCGUAAAUUUCUCUCCUUCAGUGAUCAACAAGUAUUUGGGAAGGCCUGAUGAAGCUCAACCUGAGCUUGAGGUAAGGAAGUGGCCUCUCAAAGGAAAAUUGGUGGCAAGUAAACUGAGUGUCAAGUAUGCAAUGCUGCACAAGAUUGGAGCUGCUAACUGGGUGCCCGCCAAUCAUAAAUCUACAGUUGUUGUAAUGCAUGGAAAGUUUAUAUAUGUUGUUGGAACCAAAGCCAAAUUUGACUAUGGCUCCUAUAUUUUUGAUCAAACUUUGAAGCAUGCAGGAAGCUUCAGUGUGAAAGGUCCUAUAGCCUUUCCUUCUCUCGUCUGUGGUAUUGUUUUGAAUCAGUUUCCAAACAUCUUAACUGAGAAUGAUUCUGCGAAGAAAAGAGACAGUCCUAUGUCUUUCAAUCAUAAGCUGUUCCUAGGUACCCAUGUCCCUGACAUUGUCAUGACAUCAGGUGAGACAUCACGUGUAAGCAAUCAGCCAGGUAAAGUUGCUGUCAUUGCAAUGCUCAAAGAAACCUGCAGGGAAUUAGAGGCAAGGAAGCUGAACUUGGAAAAAUUGAUUAUCUCUUUGGAGAUGACUGAAGGUGAUGUGCUAGCUGAUGGUGGAGAAUUUGGUGAAGCUGCUGCUGUUGCAGAAGAAGCUGAAAGACAAGGUGAAGAGGGAGAAGCAGAUGCCAGUCCUGAUGAUGGCACAAAUGAUGAUGUUGACUCUGAGUCAGAUGACUAG